UGCUUCAUGAACUCCAUCCUGCAGUGUCUCAGCAACACGCACAACCUCCGGGACUACUGUCUGCACAACUCCUACCGACGCGACCUUAACAAAAACAGCCGCACCAACACUGGAGCACUCAUGGAGGGUGAGACUGCUAGCCUAGGUCCCAUACAGUUAAUGAAUGCUGAAAAUAGUAUUUACCAUCCAGUCUCCCAUUUUACAAUGUGGGAAUGUGAUCUAUCUUCUUGUUUUCCUGGUUGUGCUUCUAGAAUUCGCCAAGCUCCUCCAGACCAUGUGGACGUCCUCGAGCAGCGAGGCGGUCGGCCCCUCAGAGUUCAAAACUCAGAUCCAGAGAUACGCCCCCCGAUUCGUGGGAUACAAGUACGUGUUGUUCCUCAACUAAAUAUUCAUAGAGGCCACCUCUGAAAUGGCACCCUAUUCCCUAUAUAGUGCACUACUUUUGACAACAGCAGAGCCCUAUUGGCCCUAGUGAAUAUUUGUGCACUUCAUACAGAUGUAGGAUCUUAAUUUGAGCCUGUUUGCUACAACAGGAAAAGAAUACUGCAGCAACAGGAAAUGUGAAUUAUUAUGUGGAUGAUAAUUAAGACAUUUUUGUAGGGGUUGAUACAUUUUUCGUAAGAGAAAAUCAAGUCAGAAAUUUCAAAGUGGAAAUGACAAACUUCAGAAGCGUUUUUAAACCUCAAAUACACUACAAGUUUGACAUUUCCUGCAUUACAGGAAAGUUCUCCUGCAACAGGGUGACCACAUUAUGAUCCCAUAUCUGUAGGGAAUAGGUUGCCAUUUCAGAGGCACUCCAAAUCGAAUAACUUUGUAGUAUCAGUAAUGGUUUUGUAGAUGAUUUUCCAAUGCGUCAAAAAAAUUACCUGUCUGUCUGUCUGUGUCCCUCCCUCCAGCCAACAGGACGCCCAGGAGUUCCUGCGUUUCCUAUUGGACGGGCUGCACAACGAGGUAAACCGGGUCACGGUGCGGCCGCGGGGAAGCAUGGAGGACUUCGACCACUUGCCGUGAGUGUUGCUCUCCUCUCCUGCUCUCUCUCUCUCCAUUAACUACCAUGGGACUAUGGUCAAGAGAAUGUUAACUGGGAGGGUAGGGUACAGCUAGGGCUGCAGCACGUCCCAUAGUAUGCAGUCAGUGGGUGUGGAGGCGUGACGCCUCGAGGGUUUACAAGAGGCUUUAACUGAAUACUGACACACCCUCUCCUGUCCGGUCGUCCCUCCCACAGUGACCGAGAGAAAGGGGAGAGAAUGUGGAACAAGUACCUGGAGAGAGAGGACAGUAAAAUAGUGGGUAAGGGCACGCAUCAACACCCACAGGGGUUAAGUAACACUGUGCUGUUAAUAAAUAGUGUUUUCUGGUAAUGUGUAGUCUGUUGAUUGAUGUAGUGUGUGUGUGUGUGUGUGUGUGUGUGCACAGGUUGGUAUUUAUUGUCAUGAAUCUUUCCCUGGAGGAAGCUCUGCGGAGUGGUCACUAGCUGGCACUGGCACGAAAUCAUAAAAUCAGAUUUUAAACCUAACCUUAAUCCUAACCUUAACCACACUGCUAACCCUUAUACAUUUUUUUGAACGAUAUAGCUAAGCAAUUUUGACUUUGCAGCUGGCCCAUCUAGCGGAAAUUGCUCAGUUCUGCCUCCAGGGCAAGAUUCAUGACAAAUGCCAACCUGCACACGUGUAUGUGUCUUUGUGUCUUUGUGUAUGUGUGAGGGGGUAGUAAUGUUCUCUCUCUGCCCUGCCCUCCACAGACCUGUUUGUGGGUCAGCUGAAGAGCUCGUUGACAUGCAGCACAUGUGGCUACUGCUCGACUGUCUUUGACCCCUUCUGGGAUCUCUCUCUACCCAUCGCCAAGGUCAGUAUCAACAAUGCACACUAGCUUCCUCCCCACAGUAUUUUACAUUCACUGUUCACCAGACCCACAUACAGUCCCAGCAUUUUAUGUAACCUAAUGUGCUGUGUGUCUAUGUGUCAAGAAGGGCUACGGAGAAGUGAGUCUGAUGGACUGCAUGAGUCUCUUCACCAAAGAGGAUGUGCUCGACGGCGAUGAGAAACCAACGUGCUACAGGUGUAAAGCCAGAAGAAGAUGCACAAAGAAGUUCACUGUACAGAAAUUCCCCAAGAUCUUAGUGCUUCGUAUCCUUUCUCAAGCUGUUCAUAUUUUUGGGCUGCAUUUGUCUGAUGGUACUCUAUCCCAUUAGAUGUUGUAAAGGAGAGAGGAGUUGGCUAACACCUGGUCCCAGAUCUGUAGAUAUGUGCUUAAGCUAACACAUCAUGUAUGAGACAAUGGUAGUCAGAGGAGUUGGUUAUGGUUAAACUAAAGCACACAGAUCUGGGACCAGCCUAGAAGUGCUCUCUGUUGCUAUAUAGGCUUGCCUAAGUGUUAAUGUACAAUACCGGUCAAAAGUUUUAUAACACCUACUCAUUCAAGGGUUUUUCUUUAUUUUUAAAAUUUUCUACGUUGUAAUAAUGGACUGUCGUUUCUCUUUGCUUAUUUGAGCUGUUCUUGCCAUAAUAUGGACUUGGUCUUUUACCAAAUAGGGCUAUCUUCUGUAUACCACCCCUACCUUGUCACAACACAACUGAUUGGCUCAAACGCAUUAAGAAGGAAAGAAAUUCCACAAAUUAACUUUUAAGAAGGCACACCUAUUAAUUUAAAUGCAUUCCAGGUGACUACCUCAUGAAGCUGGUUGAGAGAAUGCCAAGAGAGUGUGCAAAGCUGUCAUCAAGGCAACGGGUGGCUAUUUGAAGAAUCUCAAAUCUCAAAUAUAUUUUGAUUUGUUUAACACUUUUUUGGUUGUUUAACACUUUUUUGGUUACUACAUGAUUCCAUAUGUGUUAUUUCACAGUUUUGAUGUCUUCACUAUUAUUCUACAAUGUAGAAAAUAGUAAAAAUAAGGAAAAACCCUUGAAAGAGUAGGUGUUCUAAAACUUUUGACCGGUAGUGUAUGUAUGUGAACCUUCAUAUGAAACCCACUCAAGGUUCCAUAUGAAGCCUGUCUGUGUAUUUACGGACGCUUCCUCCCUACACUGCUUUUUCCUUUACCCACCCACUUGUCCAGAUCUGAAACGCUUCUCUGAAGCACGGAGAACCAGCAAACUGUCCACAUUUGUCAACUUCCCCAUGGAGAAACUGGACCUCAGGGAGUUUGCCUCAGAAAACAGCAGUGAGUACCAUCGUCUGUCGAGUAGAAUCGUCUGACAAUAGCAUUGUACUGAUUCCUCUCUCUUUUUUCCUGUCCCUUUCCCCCACAGUAGAUGCAGUUUAUAACCUGUACGCAGUGUCCAAUCACUCAGGCACGACCAUGGGCGGCCAUUACACAGCGUACUGUCGCAACCCCACCUCGGGAGAAUGGUACACGUUCAAUGACUCCAGGUAUGUCUUUCCCUCUCCCUUUAUCACACUACACUACCCACAAGGCUUUGCUAGCAAACCAUACUGCUCAGAACUGAGCUCAUUUAGGUUGAAUCGACUGGAAAUCUUAGAACACUCUAAAUACUCCUGCUUAGGAACAUUCAAGCACUCUUCCACCUCACUCCAUACACUGUGUACAUCCCUAAUGGCACCAUAUUCCCUUUAUAGCGCACUACUUUUAUCCCUAGUCUGGUCAACAGUAGUGCACCACUAUAUUCAGUAGGGAAUAGGAUGACGUUUAGAAUGGACUACCACAGUGUAGGACCUGUGUGUAACAAAUGAUUUGCCAGGCCUCAUGUUGAGAGUGCUAGAGCAGAGAUUGUCAGGGAGAGGACGUGAAGAGCCUGUCUGUCUGUCGGUCCUGCUGGCUGGCUACACACCAUUCACCCAGAGCUACUUACUUCCUUCCUUAAUAACAGUACCUCCCCGUAAUUCUGUCAAGUGUGCAGUAGCCUACCUCCUCCCUCUCUCUGCCUCCCCCUCUUCUUCUCGCUCUCUCACCUCUCUCCCACUCAUUGCCUAGUGAGAGCCUAUCUGCUUCUCUCGCUCUCCCAGCAGCCACCUGUCUUCUUUCCCAGUUCCUCCGCUCUCAUUCAUUAUGCAGUUCUCUCUCCCCCUCUCUUUUUCCCCUCCCUUUCCUCCUUUAACCUUCUCUAUGUUUAAUGCAGAGUAUGAUACUACCCACGCAAUGUUACUCUAAAAACUCCCUGCCGUAAAACUAGUACCAUUGUUAGAUGAACAACCGUCUGAAUACACCAUCCAUUUUCAUGGUUUUGUGACAUAAUAGUUGAAGGGAACCUCAAUAUGGUCGUUCCCAGUUCAACAUAAUAACAUUGCUAUAAUAACAUUCUCAAUUCGUGUUGCUCGUUACACCGAUAUAACUGUCUCAACAUUGCAGCUCAUUCACAUGCAUCCCUCCCUUCCACUCUCCCCUCACAGAGUAACGCCAAUGUCCUCCAGCCAAGUGCGCAGCAGUGACGCCUACGUGCUGUUCUAUGAGCUGGCCUCCUCCUCGCGG